CGGCGCGGGGGGCGACUCGGGCGCGCGUCCCCCGCCGCCCGCGUGGUGUGCUCCGGCGCGGCCCCGGCGGGAGGGCGGCGGUGGCGGCGACGGCGCAGUCUGCACCAUGGCGUACCCGGGGCACCCUGGCGCCGGCGGCGGGUACUACCCAGGCGGGUAUGGAGGGGCCCCCGGAGGACCUACUUUUCCCGGACAGACUCAGGAUCCGCUCUAUGGUUACUUUGCUGCUGUAGCUGGACAGGAUGGGCAAAUAGAUGCUGAUGAAUUGCAGAGAUGCCUGACCCAGUCAGGCAUUGCUGGAGGAUACAAACCUUUUAACCUGGAGACUUGUCGGCUUAUGGUUUCAAUGCUGGAUAGAGAUAUGUCAGGCACAAUGGGUUUCAAUGAAUUUAAAGAACUCUGGGCUGUGCUGAAUGGCUGGAGACAGCACUUCAUCAGUUUCGACAGCGACAGGAGUGGCACGGUGGACCCUCAGGAGCUGCAGAAGGCCCUCACCACAAUGGGCUUUCGACUGAGUCCCCAGGCUGUGAAUUCAAUUGCAAAACGCUACAGCACCAAUGGCAAGAUUACCUUCGACGACUACAUCGCCUGCUGUGUCAAACUGCGAGCCCUGACAGAUAGCUUUCGAAGACGGGAUACUGCUCAGCAAGGUGUUGUGAAUUUCCCAUAUGAUGAUUUCAUUCAGUGUGUCAUGAGUGUUUAAAUCAAGAGGAAGCUGUAUGAACAGAACCAACAUUCCGACUGGAGUUCUCCUUUGCUCUUACCCUUUGCCUUCGGUAACGUGUGUAAACUUGCGGUGCCGUUUUUCCUUAAUAGCUGUCAUAAAGGUUUACUCCUUGCUGUACAAUAGAAGUUUUUGGUAUUGAUAAUAAACUCUUUGGGAUUUUACAAAUAGAAGGUCAGGUCUCUUAACACCAUUUGGAACUUCCUUGAGACUUGGUCAGUGAUGCUUAUCUUCUGGCUAAGCCUCUUUUAUGUAAAUUUCGGUGUGCAAAAUGUUUAAGUCACAUGGUAUAUUUUUCACUGUAAGAUUCGUAAAAAUCUUCUCUUCAUCAGACUACAGCUCCUGUCUCUUCCUAGAAGAGCUUUCAUAUGGUAUUAAAAGCUUUAUGCAUGCAGUGUUCUUAUCAUGUAAAUGAUUUAUACUCACUUGGAUGCAGACAGAAACAAAAACCCAUGGUAAUCCACGUCAGGGUUCGCUUUAGCGGAAACUCAGCACCGGCAUUUUCAGGCUCACACAUUUUUGAUGGCCACAUCAUUGUACAGGGAACGUAAGUGAUGAUUUUCUCCUAAAAACCCACUGAAUCAGUUGUGUGGCAAAUACGAUCUGUCGCCAAGUUCUUCUUUGUCAUCAUCCACCUAGACCUUUGUUAGCUCUACUUAAAAAUCUUACAAAUUACGAGCUUUGCGAUGUAAAAAAGAAAACUGAUUUAAAAAAAAAAGAAAACCUAAGGGAAUGUAGGAAAAUAUUAACUAUGGUCAUUUUUGGCUUACGAGAUUCCAGGUGACUGUAAUUUCCUUUAUGGUUUUCAGUACCUUCCAAGUUUUCUAUGCUGUGUGCGCUUUCCUGUUAAAAUCAGAAGAUGAUAAUGUUUAAAAUACUGAUCGGUCCAUUUCGAUAUGCCAUGUGUUCACACUCACAUUAAAAGAUACUACACAGCAAAAGGACCGGACUGAGAGGACCACGAUGUUGGUGCUUCCACCAGUGGGAGUCAGGGUCAGGAAUUGCUUUUCUUCCUUCCUCCUACUCUUCCAAAUACCCUCUGAUAAACGUAUUACACUUGUAGUGGAAGGCUUUUUUUUUUUUUCUUACUAUUUUUAAGCCAUGUGCUUUUAAGAUCUGGAUUCUCAUCCUGGCUGUGCCUCUUCCUGAAUAAUGUGAUUUAAUGAUCUCAGAUAUUCUCAGAGCCUCAGCUUCCCCAUCUUCGAGAAAGAGGUUAAUGCUUACUUCAUGGGGUGGUUCUCAAUAUGAUAAAACGUGCUGGUAUAAUAAGCACCAGUAAUGUUUCUGUUUGUUAAAUUUAAAACUGGCCUGGUUUGCUCUUUUUUGCAAGAGCGUAACAGAUGAAACCGUGAAAUUCGCCUCUUUUCUCCCUGCCAGCAGAUUAUGUGUCUUACUUCAGGACACAGUGUGAGCGUUACCAUUCAGAUGAUCAGUUCGUUGUCAACCAAUGAAAAAAUAAAACAUUUCUGAACAUC